AUGGUCAAGCCACACACGCAAGCACUCGCCAACCUCCCGCGCCAGCUGCGCGUCUCGCCGUCGACGCCCAUCACCCGCACUCACCUCCUCGCGCUGUACAAGGAGGAGCUCCGCGUCGCACACUCGUUCGCGAGCUACAACUUCAAGCAGUACUUCCUCCGACGGACCCGUAACAAGUUCCGCACCGAGCUUCCGGCCCUCCUUGACGCCUCGUACGCCUCUGUCUCGGCACCCUCUUCCUCAUCAUCCUCCCCCGCUGCACCCGAAGCUUCGCCGUCAUCUACACCAGCAAGUUCAUCGGCAGAGGAAGCAGGGCGCACAUCCGAAGAGCGGCUGCGGGACUGGUACACCGAGUCGCUGGGCGAGUUGGCGGUUAUGGCGCGGGCGGCGAUUGUCAACAAGAUGUACGAGGCGCCGAAGCUGGUUGUCGAGGGUAGGGGAAAGGUCAUGGUGGUCGGUGGAGGCGGAGCUGGCGUCGAGGCGAGCUACGGUGGAGGUGGUCAGCCUGUCGACCCUGCGAACCCUCGGCUAGGCACGAACUAG